GGCCAAGAUGCAGAUAUCAAAACCGCAAUCCCGCUAAGGAAGUGGCUUUUGCAUCACUCAGCCAGACACGAUCCCCAUUCCGGCUCGUAUUGCAUUACAGUGACAGGCUACCAUUCCAGGGUCACCACAGCCGCCUAAUCGUUGUGUGUGUCGUUGUUCAUUCGUCCUCCUAGGGUCCAGGUGACUCAGGCAUUGGCACGGUUCACGGCAGGUCUACAAUCUCACAUUUUGCAGCUGGGUACUACGUCUGCUAGGGUUUCCGCAAUGGCUUACGCUGCUACUUCAUCGCCUUCCACCCUCAAUGGCGACACUCAAGCAAGUUUAAAACUCACUGGCUCACCCUCUCAACCCCCCAAACUACAUAAUGUCAUUACCUCAAUCCCGCCUGCCUCCAAUCCCUCAUCGGCAAGCUUCUACUCCUCUUACUCAGCCACCCCAAACUCUACUCACUCAACCUACAACUACUCAAAUGCUUCAAGCCCAUCAGGCACACCCUUACAUAUCCCCUCUGACUCUCUUCGAGGGCGACUGUCCACUGCCCCUCUUGUACCGCCUGGCACUUUCGAGCUUGGAGAGUCCGAGAUGGCUGUUCCUGGCUACGCCAUCACCUCUGGCUCGGCAGAUAUCAUCACUCAGAACACGAACAAAGGUCCCGGUUUGAUGCGUAGAAUCUCACGUGGAGCAGCGAGCAAGCUCACGAGAAGACGUACUUCCACCACCCACAAUGACAAGCGAGAUCGGAGCUCCGGACCGGUUAUCAUGCGCAGACGAAGCGAUAGCAAGACUGCUCAGAACAGCUGGGAGAACGCCCUGGAAUCUAGCAACGAGGAAGACAGCAAUGAUGCCUUGGAAAUGAACGGUGCAUGUGGUCCAGAAGCAUCCAGCCUACCAAAUGAUAGCUCAUUGACGGCUUCCCGCAAUAGUGGUGUGGUUGCGCCCAAGGUUGACGGGGCAAUCCAACGUGGCACGAUAUUGACCAAAGUCACGAAAAAGCGCCGCAAACAAGUGCGUUUCUUCCUGGAUCUCGAUGCUGGCAAAGUCUACUGGGAUCCCUCCAAUCCAGCAAAACGGUUCUACAUCGACGAUGUGAAGGAGAUCCGUGUCGGGGCCGAUGCGCGGAAUUACCGCGAGGAGCACCAGGUCCCAGAAGAACUCGAAAGUCGAUGGUUCACAAUUGUUAUUGCUGAUGCGGAACGCUUUAAAGGCCGUACGGUCAAAACAAUGCACCUCAUCGCUCCGAAUGACCACAUUCUCGAGCUCUGGACUUCAACCCUCGAACAUAUUUCCCGUUACAGAAUAGGUCUCAUGGCUGGUCUGGCAGGAUCCGGACAGAGCGAGGCGGUCUUGAAGGCUCACUGGCAGCGUGAGAUGCAAUUAUUAUACCCCCAGGGUCUCAAGCCAGGCGAUCAGGAGAGCCUUGAUUUCGAAGCCGUGGAGGGUGUCUGCCGCAGCCUGCACAUCAAUUGCUCGAAGAACAUGCUGCGCGCCCAAUUUUCCAAGGCUGACAUCAACAACAAGGGCAAGUUGUACUUUUCCGAGUUUAGUGACUUCGUUGCUAGAUUGAAGGAGCGGAAAGACGUGAAAAUGAUCUUCAAGGACAAUGCUUUCAACUCUGACGGCCUCACUCUCGACGAAUUCCUAUCGUUCCUUCGUGAUGUUCAGAAUGAGGACGUUGACUCGGAUCAAGCCCAUUGGACAUCUAUCUUUGACAAGUUUGUCCGCAAGUCAAAGCCGCGCACGCCGAGCAUUCCGGAACACGGUGACAACCAGGUCUCCCGAAUGAGUGUUGAUGCUUUCUCUUCUUUCUUGGCCUCCUCGGCAAAUGGGAUUUAUGCCUCCCGAGCUCCCCAAUCUCGAUUCGACCGACCAUUGAAUGAAUACUUCAUUUCAAGCUCACACAACACUUACCUCCUGGGACGUCAGGUGGCUGGGGCUUCCAGCACUGAAGCUUACAUCAGCGCAUUGUCGCAAGGCUGUCGUUGUGUAGAAAUAGACUGCUGGGAUGGCGCGGAUGGUCGGCCCAUUGUCUCUCACGGAAGAACCAUGACCACCAGCGUGCUAUUUGCGGAUUGCAUCACCGUCAUCAAUCGGUACGCGUUCAUCAGCAGUGACUAUCCCCUUAUUCUUUCUCUUGAGGUCCAUUGUUGUCCCGAGCAACAGUUGGUCAUGGUGAGAAUCAUGAGGGAGACCUUCAAAGAUCAACUUGUCCUAGAGCCGCUCCUCAAUAACACAUUCGUUCUGCCCUCGCCUGAAGAUCUCAAGGGUCGCAUCCUGGUCAAAGUCAAGGUAUGCGACGAGCCUCAAGCGGACAUGCGUCAAGAAACGUCAACCUCGAUUAUGAGCUCCGGUCGUAAACGCAGUUCAAGCUCUCCGUUCAUUCGACCGAUGGUGCCCGAGCAUCAGAUGACCUUCAAUCUCCCUCCGCUAACCAGCUCGACCACCGUUGGCCCGGACAGCGCCGAUACAUUUCUGACACACGAUCGACGCUCUUUUACGACCACCAGCAUCAGCAGUGCUACAGAGGACAGUGACACCAACAUGUUCUCAACCAGUCAAAAGGAGCGAAGACGAAGCCAGAAGAGCAAGAUAACAAAGCCUUUGUCGGACCUAGGAGUCUACACCCGCGGCUAUAAGUGGCAUAGCUUUUUCUCUCCGGAAAGUCAGCAAUACAACCACGUGUAUUCCUUUGCCGAGCGCUCUUUCGAGAGCAUCUGCCGCGACAUGGACAAUAAGGCUCUGUUUGAGAGGCAUAAUAGGAAAUAUCUCACCAGAGUCUAUCCCUCGGGGUUCCGCUUACGAUCGUCCAACUUUGAUCCACUCAAGUUCUGGCGGCGCGGUGUGCAGAUGGCGGCCCUGAAUUGGCAGACUUACGACGUCGGCAUGCAAAUGAACCAUGCAAUGUUCGCAGCCGGAACGGAUCGUACAGGCUAUGUUCUCAAGCCCGAGUCCCUCCGAACUGUGCGUCUUGGUGAAGAGGCAGCAAAGGGCAAGGAGAGGAAACUCGUCAGAUUCUCGGUCGAUGUUAUCUCUGCGCAGCAACUGCCCCGCCCCCGCAGCCUUGGACCAGAGGAUUACAUCAAUCCUUAUGUCGAAAUCGAGAUGUUCAGUGCGGAUGAUCGUGGUCAAAGUUUUGUACUUGGCGAGGGAGGCAUGGAUGCCUCGGCUCGCAAUGGUAUGUCAGGGAUCGGGUAUCCUCACCGUCGGCGUACCAAAAUUGAACAGAGCAAUGGCUACAGUCCCAUCUUCAAUGAUCGGUUCAAGCUCUCGCUAGAAACCAAAUACCCCGACCUGGUCUUUGUACGUUGGACGGUCUGGAGCUCGUUGGAUGGUCGCAGUGCAGGAAACAAUAACAGUGUGCAGCUGGCCACAUUCACAGCUAAACUCAGCAGCCUUUCGCAAGGAUACCGCUACCUGCCCCUCUGUGACACCGGUGGUGACCAGUACCUGCUUUCCACGCUGUUCUGCAAGAUCACCAAGGAAGACCCUGUCUCAGUUCAGCGUCUUGAUGCGGAAGAGCUCCGCGCUGAGCGAAUGGGAAUUUUCCGUCAAAUCGGCCAGUCUGUCUUCAAACGAGCCUCAUCCACCGAAAGGGACCGGGACACUGGCUCCGACAAAGGCAGUGAAGCUCCAAUGACUCCCGACGAUAAUACUUCUCCCACAUCCCCCGCGCUGACCCCGACGGUUUCGGCCGCUUCCACUUCGUCUUUACCUCCGUGAAUCGCUUGACAUCAGAUGUCACUGUGCAUCGUCAUGCUCAACUGACCCACGCCUUCACUCCUGCUGUUUUCUCUUAGCCCGCUUACCUUGUCAUCAUGAUCUUGUCCAUCUCGUUCCAGGUGCAAGUAUAGGAAUGGCGUUAUCCCAGCCUGACUGCAUUUGAUCUGUGUUAUUAUUUAGUUUGCAUUUGUGUUUUUGGAGCCUUGGGUGCAUUUCAGCUGCCGAGGAAGCCACA